GUGCCUCGUCGGUGUGAAAUUUCGUGUCUGGGCUGCGUCUGGGUCCUUACGUUGUUGUUGAAGAAGCGAUUAUUUCACAGCUUAUUUUGACUUCUUGUCGUGACCAGACCUGCAGUAUUUCACCGGAGUCAGGAUGAGCAGUGACUCGCUCUCCGCGAGGAAGAGCAUUCCGUGCCAGCCGUAUGACGGCAACUGCACCACCGUCGUGGAGAACCUGUCCGCGUGGAACAGCUCCGGAGCAAGCGCGUACCGGCUAGUGGAACUGAAUCCCGUGGCGACUUCUGUUGCCGUGGUGGAGCAGGAGCAUGCUGUGGCGAGGGCGUUCCCGACGGUAGACGUGCCAGACCACGCCCACUACACCAUCGGGGCCGUCAUCUUCCUCGUGGGCAUCACAGGCCUGGUGGGCAACUUCCUAGUCAUCUACGCCUUCAGCAGGAGCAGGACUCUGCGUACACCGGCCAACAUGUUCAUCAUAAACUUGGCCAUCACCGACUUCCUAAUGUGCCUGACCCAGACCCCCAUCUUCUUCACCACCUCCAUGCACAAGAGGUGGAUAUUCGGGGAGAAAGGUUGUGAGCUGUACGCUUUCUGCGGCGCCCUAUUUGGCAUCUGCUCCAUGAUCACGCUGAUGGUGAUUGCGGUGGACCGCUACUUUGUGAUCACGCGUCCGCUGGCCUCCAUCGGAGUGGUGUCCUGCAAGAGGGCCUUCUACAUCCUCCUGGCCGCCUGGCUCUACUCCCUCGCCUGGAGCCUGCCCCCCUUCUUCGGAUGGAGUGCGUAUGUUCCCGAAGGCCUGUUGACGUCGUGUACGUGGGACUACAUGACGUUCACCCCGUCUGUGCGGGCCUACACCAUGCUGCUCUUCUGCUUCGUCUUCUUCAUCCCCCUCAUCGUCAUCAUCUACUGCUACAUCUUCAUCUUCAGGGCCAUCCGCAACACCAACAACGCUGUGAGCAAGAUCCCCGGCAGCAACCGGCGGGACUCCAUUAAGCGUUUCCACCGGCUGAAGAACGAGUGGCGGAUGGCCAAGAUCGCCCUGAUCGCCAUCCUGCUCUACGUCAUCUCCUGGUCGCCCUACUCCUCCGUCGCCCUCACCGCCUUUGCCGGGUAUGCUGAUAUGCUGACUCCCUAUAUGAACUCGGUGCCUGCUGUGAUUGCCAAGGCCUCUGCCAUCCACAACCCCAUCAUCUACGCUAUCACACACCCCAAGUACAGGUCUGCCAUAGCCAAGUACAUCCCGUGUCUUGGUACCCUGCUGUGCGUGCCGCCACGUGAGCUCCGCUCCACCCAGAGCAGCUUCACCUCCACCCGUCGAUCAACCGUCACCAGCCAAUCAUCCGACAUCGUCAGCUCCCAAUUCAGACGCACCAGCUCCACCAAGCCCCGCCUCUCUUCCGCCUCCGACAGCGAAUCGGGCUGGACGGACACGGAGGCGGACCUCUCCAGCUCGGGAUCGCGACCUGUGAGCCGCCAGGUGUCAUGUGACAUCGGGAAGGACACGGCCGAGCUGCCCGACUUCAGACCUCACAGCUCCUCCAGCUUCAAAGCCAAGCUCCGCAACCACGACUCUGGCAUCUUCGAGAAGACUUCCUCCGACAUGGAUGACAUCUCUGUGGCUGGUGUUGGUCACCCUGACCGAUCAAUGCCCCCGGCGAGUGGAGAAACAAUAGAACGGGUGCUGUCCAGAGGCGUGAUUGGCCGAAUCCCCAGCAUUGUCAUCACCUCGGAGACGAGCCCCUUCCUGUCCAGCCUGAGGUUCCAUUGCCGUGGCAACAGCUCCCGGUUGACCAAUGGCAAUGUGGGAAAGGGGACCGUCACCGUUGACACACCAGGAAAUGGCCCAAAGAGCUCUGCCCUCCCCUUAGGCAGUGACUCCGCCCCUUCCUGUUAAUUCACUCACUUGUCCGUCGGAUCAUGUUGUUAUAUAAUCAUUAUUUAUGACUAAUGUAGUCUCUCUCACUUCGAAGCUCUCUGAAGAUGUGCAGGGCUCUAAAUGAACACCCGCAAACCGGCCAAAUGCUGGUAAAAAUACGUUUGGCUGGAAGAAAAGAAGACUUGCUAGCCACUUUGACUGAUAGGGAGUGCAUGCGUGGCUGGUAAAAUUCAAGAUCUACUAGCCAAAUAAAAGUUAAUGUAUAGCCCUGGUGACGUGUAAAGAUGGGUAUCGAAGGUGGUGCACUAUCCUCCCCUACCCUCUGAUAAUGACCUCUA